AUCACAGCGGAACAUGUAAAUAGGGCAAGAGAAAGGGAAGGGAGGGAUAGCUGGGAUUCUGAAAUUGCACAUAGAUUGAUGAUGAACUCUUAUAGUCAAAUUGUUUGUGUGGGUAAUUUUUCACAUUUAUGGCUCUGUAGGAAAAUCUUGUCCCCCCCUGCGUGUGACUGUGUAAGACAGACGUGUCUAGGGAUGGCACUCCUUCGCAUUUGAUCUGCUAAAUUCACUAGAUUUGCUCUUGCCGCCGUUGUCGGGUGAUUCACAUACAUGUCGCCUUCUAUCCAAAGUGACUUUCCUCUGUUAACCCUGUGAGUGUCACAGGACACUGGCAUCCAGAGUGUUCAUUUACAUUAGCAUUGCUUGCUUUGUGCUAGCCUGUAUAGAGCUGAAACUCAAACGCUGUGCUUCUGCCUCAAAGCCUAUUUGUCCUUAGCCUGUUUUGCAUCUCUCUUCUACAUCAGUUCACCGUCACAGAAGAAAAAGUCAAUAUAACUUGCAUGUACCAGAGAGGAUGUAACUUUCUCGUUGCUAGCUGAAGAUAGGGGCUUGGUUCAAGCUACCGUGGACACUUAUUUCUGAAGAUGAAAAGGGAACAAAAAACAUAGGAGGAGGCUUGGCUUCUGCUGGAAUUAGCUUCGUCUAUUACUGUGAGCUGUAAAAUCAAGCCAGCCAGAAGAUUGCAGUUAAGCGUGCUUAAUUUCUGGGGAGAGAGGCAUUGCAAUCAAGAACACCAACAGAGAAGGAGGCUUGGAUCUGUUAUGAACUAGCAAUUUCUCAAGAAAAUUGCACAAAGCUGUGCUUUAUAUAUUUUUCUCCUGUUUUUUUUUUUUAAGAAAGGGGAGGAGAGAGAGGGGGAGAAAUGAUUUGAUUAGAGAGCGUGCAGAAAAGAAGAUUGCCUCCUGAUGCAGAUUCCUCGUGCAAUUCUCCUUAGCGUCUGAAAUAAGAGAGGAUUGAGUAGUGUGGUCUCACAGUGAUGCGGGAAAGCAGCAGUUCAAGGCUGUUGAUUCGGAUGCUCUCGCUUUUGUUUACCUGCUGCCCAGAACUAUGCGAAUGCCAAAGGGAAGCUAGCCUCUUCACUCUUUUUUCCUCCUCCUCCUCCUCCUCCUGCAGCUGCUUUAUCCUCUCUGUAACUGUCUUCAUCCUGUUUUUUUAGCUUACUUGAAAAAGGCAAGCAGUGACUGUCUAGUGUGUGGGUGGCACUGAGGAACCCAGCUAUGCCCCCUGUCUGAGCUUUGCCAACCAAGCAAAGAUGCCAGUUUCUUCAGUGGAAGAGGUGAGAGAAUUCUGCUAAAGAAGUUCUGUUUGGAACAUACCAACACUUUUGCUUUGUUUUGUCUCUUCACAAAUAUGUAUCUAUAGCUAUGUAAAUAUAUAACCGUACAUGUACCUUAUGGGUACUCAAGCUAUAUGAAUCCAUUUACAGGAGUUAUCUGUGGGUUGGCACAAAUCCGUCUCUUUUUCUUGCGCUUCACCACUGGUGUUUUAAAGAGAUCUGGCAAAAGGAGAAGAGGAAUGUUUAGCUCUCUCCAGAGGGGCUGAGCCCCCUUGCCUGGUUCUCUGUAUCUCCCACAGACUGUUUACCUGGGUUCUUUCUCUCACCUGGUGGGGUGUCCCACCACGACUUUGUUGGUAGCCCCUCCCUCAUUGAUGAGUUUAGCCCGAUAAGGGUACACAGGAGGUGGCAUGGCAGCAGCUAUUGCAAGUGGACUGAUCCGUCAAAAACGGCAAGCAAGGGAGCAACACUUGGACCGGCCUUCCGCCAGCAAGAGGCGCAGUAGUCCCAACAAAAACCGAGGCCUUUGUAAUGGCAAUCUGGUGGAUAUCUUCUCCAAAGUGCGAAUUUUUGGCCUCAGGAAAAGAAGGCUCAGACGGCAAGAUCCCCAGCUCAAGGGCAUAGUGACCAGGUUAUAUUGCAGGCAAGGAUAUUACUUGCAAAUGCACCCAGAUGGAACUCUUGAUGGAACCAAGGAUGACAGCAGCAAUUCUACUUUAUUCAACCUCAUACCAGUGGGUCUCCGUGUUGUUGCAAUCCAAGGUGUAAAGACGGGGUUAUAUAUAGCAAUGAAUGGAGAAGGUUACCUGUACACAUCAGAACUUUUUACUCUGGAAUGCAAGUUUAAAGAGUCUGUUUUUGAGAACUAUUACGUUAUCUACUCAUCUAUGAUAUACAGACAGCAGGAAUCCGGGAGGGCCUGGUUCUUAGGACUCAACAAAGAAGGUCAAGUCAUGAAAGGAAAUAGAGUCAAGAAAACAAAACCAGCAGCCCAUUUCCUCCCCAAGCCAUUGGAAGUUGCCAUGUACCGAGAACCAUCUUUGCAUGAUGUUGGAGAAACAGUGCCAAAGGCCCGGGUGACACCAAGUAAAAGCACAAGUGCAUCUGCAAUAAUGAACGGGGGCAAACCAGUUACUAAGAGUAAGACAUCAUAGCUAGACCCUCAAGGGUUCUGUGACUUAUCAGACCCUCCACACACUUGAGUGUUUUAUCCCCACCAGACUAUCCUAACUCCAGUGUCAACCAAGUGAACACACACUGGCUCUUUGCUGUUUCUGAAUGAACGUGUUGAAGAUGGAUAACUCUCAGUGUGUAGCUCCUUCCUCCACUAGAAGAUACCUGUGGAACCAGCUAAACUCAGACCAUGGAAUGCCCUACCAGAUAUGGAAUGCCUUUUUAAUAUCUUUUCCGUGACUGUGACACUUCAUGUGAAUGACAUACUUCACAAGUUCACUUGAUACCUUGCCUGCUGACAGCUCCCCUUAUUCCCCGUUUUGAGUCAAAUAACAGCGAAAUCCAUGUGUUUAAGUUCUAUUUUGUAGCACACAAAUAUUAAGUAAUUUCUAGUUAGAUGCUGUAAAACUGCGCUAUUACAAAUUUCUCUAAGGUUUUUUUACAAGGCUGCUUGCACCACUGUCCGACCUUUUGCAGGGAUUGUGUUCCUUUAGAACUUGAAUGUUUCAGGUGGCUUAGUUCUGAAAGCAAUCAGGGAAUCAGAGAGCAUUCGAACCACUAAUCUAAAAUAUGUCUAUAUUAAAUAGGACUUAAAUACCGAUCAAGCGUGGAAACAUUUAGUGACAGAUACUGUGCUCUGCAAGAUAUGAAUUACCGCAGAGGGAAACACAUCAAACAACCAGUGGGACUUAAGCUAAACCUUUUGUUUGAUGUCCCAAAUACUUUGCUUUUUUGUGUGUGUUUUAUACAUAUCACAGGCUUACUGGUAAUGGUAACAUUUGCCUCACCCAGCAAGCAAGACCCACCGGUUUUUUUAGGAUGGUGGGUCCGUAGAAAUCUGUAGGCCUUGUAGGCCUGAAUUAAGGAUCAUUUUUCAUCUAUAACUCAUAAUAAAAAAUAAAAAUGAUGAUAAGAAUUCUGCUACCUACAGUAAUUCUAUUUUGAAAUAAUAAAAUAAGUUGAGUUUUUUUUUUUAAUAGGUUUAAUUAAUACAACACCAUUGGCAGUUCCUUAAAUGUUCCAUAACUAAGCAUGGGAAUAUUAGACAUCAUGUACCUCCUAUUUUUAUUUGAUUUCUAUUAUUUUGCAAAAAGCAAUGCAAACGUUAGACAAACAUCACAAUCUGAUUUUUUUAAAUCAAAAACUGGACAAUGAAUAGAAUAUUUUAGCUUAGCAUGCAGCGUCCAGUAUUAUUCAUUUCUGCACCAUACCAUAUAUCGUUGAAACCCAGAGCUGUCAGGAACCAGAACUUCUAAGUUAAAGGUGCCUUGCUUAGGUUGCAGUGUACAGUGCACAAAACCAGUUUAUGAGGCAACAGAACGUUUCAGCUAAUCCGGUCGGUUUAUGGUAGUGCCCUACUCUGGCCCUGUGAGUCUUCACAAUGGUAUUGGGUUCCUCAUGUAUGAUUCUACAAGCUGCCCACCGUAUACAGAAUAUUGGUGAGGCCUUCUGUGCUGAAACUAAAAGCAUGAAUUGGACAUACUACAUAGGGAAAAAAUACAGGACCAAAAUAAUCCUACUUCUGGACGCCUGAAGCAGAACAAAAUAUAAAAAUAUGUGUCUAUUUUAAUUUACUUAAAUGACUAAUGUAUUCUUUUUAGAAAGCCCUUUGCACUGUCUGCUCUAAUACUGUAUUGUGAUUGUUAUACUUUUUUGGAAUGAAGACAAGUAUUGCCAUGCAAUUCUGUUGAUGUUUACCAAAAGAAAAAAGAGAGGAAACAACAUGUUUGGCCAACAAGAUUUAUUACAACAUGUUUACGAUUCUGAAAUUCACUGAAUUAAUUAAUUAGUAGGAAAUAAUGUGACUGUGGACAGAGAUAUUUGCCUUGCUGCUAGUCACAUAAAUGAAGGUUUGGUUAACAUUAUUAAUUUCAUGUUUAAAAAAGAAUUCAGCUAUAUUAAUCAAGAACACUUCAUGAUGGCCAAGGGAAAGCACAUUCGCAAACAUUUACUUAACUACAUACACAACAACCAAUUAGUCAACUUACAUAUGUGAGUAAAAUUGCACAACAUAAUUUUAAAGUAACCACUGGGGCUGGUGUCCCAACAUGCAAAUCACAUUCUUCUUCCCUGAGCAUUGACAUUAUAGAACAUACCGGGUAAAUGUCCAUCAAACCAGUUGACUGGUUCAAAGUAAGGCUGAAAUUAUUUUUGUAAAUGACUACUACGUUCUGUAAUAACACCUGUCAGUUACUCUUUGUAUACUCUCUGUUUAUAUAGGUUGUCUUUAAGAUUGUCUCAUAUAUUUUUGUUGAAUGGGUGUCUUGGAGCAUAUAAUAAGUUGUUGCAUAUCACAGAAAUAUUUUUUUUUCGUGUCCGUGCUUUUUUUUUUUUUUUUUUAAACUUUCUGUCGUCUGAUGUCUCAUCUGUUGCAUGGGAUGAAGGUGAUUCUGAGGAUCUGCAUGUAGUAAGCUAUGUGUCUCAAGAAAUGUUGGUAUGUAUUACUAAAUUUACAUACGUAGUAUAUGCAAAGCGUUUGUCUGCAUUGUACAGUUUAUGUGUUUCUUAUCAUUUGUUGUAUACACAAUUGCAACAUAUUUAAUAAAAAUGAUUUAUAUGAAGAGAGAGAAUUAAACAAUUAACCAACUUCAUAUGAGAUAAUAUUUAAAGGGCUUGCACUGGUCAUAGUUAAAAUUGAGUGCUGCGCCAGUCAUACUCUUAAUAUUAUUAUUACCAAAAUAUACCAAAGAGUGUGAUCAUCUCUUAAGUUACAUGUCCAGGAUUAGAUAUCGACGCGAUUUCUAAAAUAUACUUUAUGAUGUUAAAAAAGAAUAUGUACAAGUGUGUUGUGUCUCGAGUGCUGCAUACUAGGUUUUUUUGUACAUUACGUAUCUUCUAUUCUUCCAAAUAUGCAUGUAUGCGAACAUGUUAUUUUCCCAAGAAUGCACAUACUUUACUUUGUCAUGUACAAGGGUUUCUCUGACUGUAUCUGGAUGAUAUUUGAAUUCAUUUAGUAAAGUAAGGGGGGGCCUAACUGUUCCUUGCACAGCGAUUGAUAACUGGCUUAUCAGACACAGAAAUGGUUGUUCAUGUGUACAAUUUUGGUUUGGCAAUGUAAAAGGAAUGUUUUACUUAUAGCUUAAUGUUUAUUUUCUUAUUAAACUUUUUUUCUUACUAUAUUUGCUCAAUUUCAGAAUGAUUUAGUAAAUGUUGUUUGGAGCUAGAAGUUCUACUCCCAAUAAUUGCUGAAGAAAAACAUGUUUCAGGUUCUGUACCCGUCUUAAUCCAUUUAUAUGUUUAAUGAGUUAAUAUUUAUUUUCUUAUUAAACCUUUUUUUUUCUUAUACAUUUUAGAAUGUUUUAAUGAUUGUUUCUAGCAAGAGCUUCUGAUCCCCAAAAGAACAUGAAAAUCGAAGGUUCUUCACCUCUUUAAACCCAUUUUUAUGUAUUAUGAGUUAGUGAACCAAAUUGUGUGUUUGUUGAAAUGACAAGUUUGCUAAAAAAAAUUCCUAAAGAUUACAUUAGAGUGAAGAAGAGGUAAUUAAAGGUAUGUGUACUGUAUAUAUGCCUCAAACAGUCUUAAGUUGUGUCGUAUGCAGUAUUCAUGGGUUGUCCUUGUAAUGUGUUUAACAUCCAAUGGUUACCAUUGCCGUUUUACUUUUCUUUUCUUUUUUGUAGAGAAAAUGUAAAAUAAAAUGUCAAAAAAUGCAAA